AUGAGACUUCCGUUCAGCAGACCAGACAACAACGUCAUCAAGCUACCCAAGCCAUUCAACUCGCAUUCGCGCGAAGACAGCAGUGGUAGUAGCAAUGCAUCUUUAUCUGCAUCUGCAUCUGCAUACGCCUACGCGAGCUGCACACCUGCAUCACCCAACACACCAACCACACCAACCACACCCAAUCAGCCCAUCAAAGCGAAGCGAAAAAGAGCAAACCCCUCCCAGCUUGAACGACUGCAGCAGUGUUACGAUAUGAACCCAUUUCCCUCUAACGAAGAGAGACAGUGUCUGGCUAUCGAGCUCGGCAUGUCGCCGAACAGUGUCAGGAUCUGGUAUCAGAAUAAGCGACAGGCAUUGCGUAACUAUGAAAAAUCGCAGUCAGUGUCGCCCUGA